UAAACCGCUCCAUUUUCUUACAGUGAGUCCUGCUCCCCAUUUCUCCAAGCUCCACUUUUCUUGGGAUUAUCAAUCUUGUUUUCGAGCUCUUCAGCAAUGGCGAAAGAACCAGUUAGAGUCCUUGUUACUGGAGCAGCAGGACAAAUUGGAUAUGCUCUUGUUCCUAUGAUCGCCAGAGGAGUGAUGCUUGGUCCUGAUCAGCCCGUUAUUUUGCACUUGCUUGAUAUUCCACCUGCUGCCGAGUCUUUGAAUGGAGUCAAAAUGGAACUAGUAGAUGCUGCAUUUCCUCUUCUAAAAGGUGUUAUUGCUACCACCGAUGUUGUUGAGGCUUGCACUGGAGUGAAUGUGGCAGUCAUGGUUGGUGGGUUCCCAAGGAAAGAGGGAAUGGAGAGGAAAGAUGUGAUGUCUAAGAACGUCUCCAUCUACAAGUCCCAGGCCUCUGCUCUUGAAAAGCAUGCAGCUGCAAACUGCAAGGUGUUGGUUGUGGCUAACCCGGCAAACACGAAUGCACUCAUUUUGAAAGAGUUUGCACCAUCGAUUCCUGAGAAGAACAUCACUUGUCUCACACGACUGGACCAUAACAGGGCUCUUGGCCAGAUCUCAGAGAGACUAGAUGUCCAAGUCUCUGAUGUUAAGAAUGUGAUCAUUUGGGGAAACCACUCUUCAACUCAGUACCCUGAUGUUAACCAUGCAACAGUCAAGACACCAGGCGGAGAAAAGCCUGUUCGCCAACUUGUUGCUGAUGAUGCAUGGUAUAAAGCU